CUCACACGUGACACCAAGAGCCGAGUCGCGUCGCGCACCAGUAUUGUCUAAACGGACAAAGAGCCACACUGUGAGCGCGAGCGACGGGCAGGUGAGCGGCCAGGUGUUAUGGCAGCCUACGUUUUCUGCCGCAAGUCGAAGCUGACUUUUCACCUUUUCUCGGGCCGAGGUUUCGGAACGUUUCUGGCCGUUUGAACUUCAUGUCUGAAUCCCAAAUCCGAGCGUUUUGAGGGACAACGACGUCUGCUGCUUUUAGCCGCUCACACGCAGCUGGCAGCGCGUUUACGAAGCUGGAAAGCCUUUGUUUCAACUCUAAAUUUAGCUGGUAGUUUUUUUUCCGCUGUUUUUUUUAAGCCAGUGUUAGCUGUCGUUAGCUAGCAGUAGCCUUUAGCUUCGACGUCAAAGGAUUUUCCCCCCUCUGGGCAACGUUAAUUUACGUGUUUUGUUUACUAUCUGGAGAGAUGUCAUUCGCCAUGGAGGAUAACUUGGAGUCCGGAUGGGUGUCAGUCCGGCCCAAAGUCUUCGACGAAAAAGAGAGGCAUAAAUUUGUUUUCAUCGUGGCCUGGAACGACAUCGAAGGAAAGUUCGCCAUAACCUGCCAUAACAGAACCGUACAGAGACGAAGCACUUUACUGGACCUCGAUUGUAGCCCCACCGCUGUUUUUCCUUCGCCCUUAGCUGAAAAACACGCAAAUAGUCCGACCAAAACGAAGAAAGAGGAAGACUGCCAAGCGGGUAAAGUUAUAUCACAGCCUGUUUCCAAAGGAAAAACCACAACAAAUGCUGCUGCUGGAGACAAAAGGGCUGUAAAACACAGCAGUGUAAAGACGUUUGAGUGUGUUACCCACACACUGGAGUCCUGGGAUAUUGUGACCCCUAAGGGGAUGGAUAUGGAGAUCGUGGACCCUGUGGAUGUCCCGUCGUCUCCGGAUGAUGUCGACCAAGCGGAGAAUGACACUAUCGGCCGUGAGGACUUCAGCUGGGCCGGGCUGUUUUCCUUCCAGGACCUGCGGACAGUCCACCACCAGCUGUGCGCCGUCAACUCGGACCUAGAGCCGUGUUUACCCUCGUUCCCGGAGGAGCAGUCCGGCGUGUUGACGGUACUUUUCGGCGGCCCCAGGAUGUCACAGCGGGAGACAGACGCGCUGUGUUACCAGCUACAGGUGUACCUGGGUCAUGCCCUGGACACCUGCGGGUGGAAGAUUCUUUCACAGGUGCUUUUCUUCGAGAAUGAUGACUCGGAAGAGUACUACGAGAGCCUGAGUGAGUUGAGACAGAAAGGCUAUGAGGAUGCGCUGGAGGCAGCCAAAAGACGCAUGCAAGAGUUGUUGGACAAGCACAAAGCCAUGGACAGCAUGGUGGACCUGCUGCAAGUGUACCCAGAGGAAGACGAAGCGUACGGAAACCUGCUGGAAGUGACAACUGAGCUCUACCACUACCUGCUGCAGCCCUUCAGGGACAUCAGGGAAUUGGCAACUUUGCGGCGACAGCAGAUUAAGAUCUCUCUGGAGACGGAGCGUCUCGGUCCUCGCCGUGUGGAGAGCCUAAAGAAAGAGGAUGAGGAGUGGCAGAAGAAGGCUCAUGCUGCCGUGCUAACCAUUCAAGACCUGACUGUCAAGUUCUUUGAAACCACAACUCGAGCUUUGAAAGCUCUAUAUGAGCGGAUGCGUGUGGACCAGAGAAAGUUUGGAAAGUCAGCGUGGGCAGCAGCAGUUGAACGCAUGGAGCGACUUCAAUACGCCGUUUCCAAAGAAACUCUGCAGCUCAUGAGGGCCAAAGAAAUCUGCCUGGAACAGAAAAAACAUGGUUUGAAGGAGGAGAUGCAGAGUCUGCAGGGUGGAGAGGAUGCCAUGCAGCGUCUGGACCAGCUGGAGGCACUGUAUUACGAGCUGCAGCUGCAGCUGUAUGACGUUCAGGGUGAGGUGCUGCGCUGCGAGGAGCUGCUGCUGACAGCGCAGCUGCAGAGUCUGCGCAGGCAGAUGACCGAGCGACAGGAUGAGGUGGUGUACUAUGAUGCCUUUGAGAGCCCUGAUGCCAUGAAGGGUGUAGACCCAGCAUCCCCGCCAUCACCCCUCAGAGAUGAAGAACUCAGCGUCCUGCAGCAGAGGAUGCGGCGACUCGAGGCCCGCAGGGGCCGCAUCACCGCUAAGAAAGUCUACCUCAAAAACAAGAAGGAAAUCUGUAUUGUUAAUCACAACCAGAAGAUACAACAGCGACAAGGUGGCAAUGUUGACUGCAACUCUCUGCAGGGAGCAGAGGAUGAGGAAGAAGAUGAAGCCAAGCAAAAUACCAGAGUGAGUCAGGAGAGGCAGAGGACACUGGACAGACUUCGCAGUCUCAAACAGCGUUAUCCCGGUCAGGUGACUCUGAAGUCCAGCCGGAUGCGUCUGGGUCAGACUCACAGCCGGAGGCGAGUGGGGCAGCCGCCCAGCACCCAGGCAGUCAGUGUUCAGACAGAAUCCAUCUCCGAUCUCCCAGAACUCUCUGCUCCUCCUCUGUCUGACGCCUGCGACAGCAUGUCUCUACCAACCCUUGACCUCCAAAGUCUCGACUCUUCUCCCGCUUUCCUCUCGCUGCCUCCCCUCCCAGCCUCACCGUCUAUUCUCUUGCUGCCUCCUCCCCCUCCACCUCCCCCUCCGCCUCCCCCACCUCCUCCAUCGUUUCCCCCCUCAGAUGAUCCUACAGCUUGUCCGGCACAGCAACUUAAAAGCGAAUCUGAAUCCACCUCGCUACCGCUGGCUCCAUUUUCCCCUCGAUUCUUCGACAGCAGCCAGCUGCUGACGGCGAGGAAGAAGCUGAGGAAGACUGCCUCUCUGGACUCAUCGCAGUGGAGGAGAGCAAGCUCACCGAUGGACGAGGUGCUGGCCUCUCUCAAACGAGGCAGUUUCCACCUGAGGAAGGCUGAGCUGCGAGUCCUGGGUCCCGACCCGGACGACGACAGCAACAACAUCCUGGCUCAGAUCCGACAGGGUGUCCGGCUGAAGAAGGUCCGCACCCGUCCGGAGCAGCAGCGUCACCCCAAGAGCUUCCCGCACUCAGCAGAUGCUCUGACCCGCAGCAUCCAUGAGGCUCUGAGGAGAAUCAAGGAGGCUUCACCAGAGUCAGAAUCUGAGGAUGAAGGCCUUCCCUGCACUGACUGGGAAAAUUAAGGCGGUUUGUUGGAAGAGCUUUUAAUGUCAAACUUGAUAUUUUAUGGACACGUGGAGCUAAACUAAAGAGAAAAAACAACAUGUAGACAACGACAAGUAGACAAACCAGGGUCACCUGGGGACACCUUGGUGCAAUUUGAACAAAAGAAGUUAGUUUUAUUUUUUUUAAUUGGUUUCUUUUCAUACGUGUGUUUGUAAAGACGGACCACUAAUCUUUUAUACAUGUUGCUGUGGCACUCUUGGUGAGGAUACAACCUCUAACCUCUCGUUAUGUCGGAGUCGUACUGUAGCUUGCUGUGAUGGGUUUGUUUUAGGAAGUGAGCAUCUUGUUCUUCUAGCCUACAGUAACAGCAGGCUUUCAGUCUCAGACCAUCACUGAAUACAUUUACUGUACACCUUUUACAUUCUACAUCACAACUAACAUUUACUCUGCUUUAGAGCUUAACAACCUGAACACGUCCACAGCUUUACAGAAACAGGGUUAGGUUAAUUACCACAUGAUCUAACAAGAGAAAGGAUGGCAGACUUUGUAUAAAUGUCUAAAAUUCUGUCAGGAAAGUGUGAUUGAUAACUUGACACGUACAUCCUCCACAUCUCAUCUUCUACAUGUUCUGCCAGGUCAGUAUUUUGACUAAAUCUGUCUAUGAAGCGUUUGUGUCGCCUUUAUUUGAAGUAUAAAUGUUUUAGUUUUCUGUGAUGAGCUGAUUUUACUGUUGGAUAGAUUUAAUGUAACGUUUACACAUCUGGACACAAUCUGCUCAGAUUAACUACUCACAUCUUUAUAGAUUAUUUUGUCUGAAAAGAAAUUAAAACAGCAGAUAUAAAUAGCUGAAGCCUGACAUUUUAGAUCUGCAAAGGGUUUAUCACUUUAAAGAAAAAAUAGGAUUAUUUGGUUUACAGAUUUUUUUCUUUUGUUUUCUGUAACUGUAAACUGGAUCUUUGAAGGGUUUUAGGUGCUUCAAAAAUUUUAAGAUUUAAUGAUGCCUAGAACAGUAAGAAAUGAAGAGGAUUGUUCAGAUUACUUACACUGAUAAUUAUUGGAUAUGAUUUUAAAUGACUUUAAAAACAGCUUUUUUACCUACCGAAGGAGGAGGACACACUUCUCUCUGUUCUUUACACCUGACAACAUAAGAAUAAUUUUUAUUUUAUGGAGCUUGUUUAUUGUUUGUAUGGUUAGGUUUUUCACUGAGUGAGUCUUGUUUAUCACUGCCUUCUUUUUGUUUGCUUUCUUGUUCCCAAAGAUGAUUUUUUUCCACUUCUGUACUCAGAGUUUGUGUUUUGGUGUGUGUGGUUGAACCUAUUUUUAAUUGAAAAUUAUAUUUUUUUUCUGGUUUUAGUAAGUCAUCCAUUGAUCACUAUGGCUUAAUUUAAAUGAAUGUUUUCAUUUACGUUUUUUCUUACUGGUAGUUAUAUAAGAGGACCAAUGCCACUCAUAUGUUUUUCUGUCGGAUCCAAAUUAAUAUUAAAUUAGCUUAACAUAAAUACUUUAAGCAGAGGAAUGGGGGGGGGUGUAAAUUUCAAAAAGGGGUUUAAACUACACCUUUUUGGGUAUUAAAAAGAAAACGGUAAAUCAUGAAUCUUGUUCAUAAGAAGUUAAAUAAGCAUGUUUACUACAACUCCCAUGGUGCAUUUCAAAGGUGUUCUCCAUUUGUGACCAACUCAAGUGGAAGCUUGCACCAGUUUGUGCCAAACCACCAUGUUUACAAAACUGUCUUAAAUAUUUGUAACCAGCUGGAUGAAAACAAUAUUCAGUUUACUGAGUAAUUGGGGGGGCAUUUAUAUGCCGCGCCUCAGUUGCCAUGGCAAGAAGAAGAUGGCAGCUAUCUACUUUAACGCGGCCAUUUUUCCAUAGCUCCUGCAGCUAUGUUUCAGGAGCUGAUAGUAAUUAAAGUUUAAGGUUUUCUUCAUGAGCAUAAUUCACUCUCAAUUUCUAUUUUCAAAAUGACAGAGCAAACGGGCCACAU